AAAAAACAUGGCUGCCAAUUGUUUGGAAUCUCCUAGCACACAGGUCCUACGUCCUUACAGAUGAGGGAGAUCUAGACUACACAGUCUGCUUGCCUGACUGAAAUGCCAUGGUGAAGUAGCCCUCUACAAUGUCCAGCCCCAGUGCGAAGCCAGAGGCUGGCAGCAAGGUGCUACCUGGGGACAAGUCGGGGCUGCCAUACGAGAUAUGGCGAAUUAUUCUGUCGUACCUGUCGGAGGAAGACCUGUGUCGCAGCUCCUGUGUGUGUAAAACAUGGAACGACCUCAUCAUCAGCCUCGACAAUACCAGAUGGCGAGAAUUGUACCUACAGUGUGGGGACUGGAAGCAUCCUUACUGGCCACUCAACACAAAGUCGGAACCAGCGUCAUGGAAACAGGCUUUUAAAGAACAAUUCAUGUCCACACGGUUCUGGGUACGAACUCAAAGAGAACCGGACCCUGCCACCUGCCUCUACGUCCUAAAACGUCGCAAGGAAAGAAAGACGAUACAUGUUGGACGAGGCAAAGAACAUGCCACAUUAAAAGGUGCUCUUGCCGUUGCUCGUGACUAUGACAGAAUCGUGGUGCACCCUGGGAUUUACGACGAGCAGUUUGAGAUGUCUUCGAAGAUUCCAUUUGAGUUGGUCGGGGAGGGGGAGCUUGGGAGUGUGAUUCUUGUUGUGUGUAUUGAACAAAUGGCCCUUACAGGUCGAGUCAGUAAUCUUGUGUUCAGAGCGCCAUGGUUCACUAACUUUAUACUAAAGGUUCGAUCAGGCUACCUUCAAGUUGACAACUGUAUUCUUGAGGAUGGUAUGGUUUAUGUUCAAAACCCCGGAACAUGCCACCUCAAGUUCUGUACUCUGCGUCAUGCCACAGUCAUUCUUCAGUACGUUAAUGCAAGUGUCAUAGAGAAUUGCGAGUUUUCUCAAACGGACUCUGCAGCCAUUACUGUAGAAGGUUUCCCUCGUGAGGAAAAAAACUGGACGUAUGGAUAUCUGAUGGAAAAAAUUGUAAGUGCAUGUGAUAUUUCUCAUACACAACGUAACCCUAAGGGAGAACCUGUGCCAACGUCUGCUUUUUCUACAUCCACUGCUUACACAGCCAAUCAAAAACCUUCAGAGAAGUCAUGUGACUCUAAAACAGACUGUACCUCCUUCAUGGAACCAAGUUUUGGGGGAAGGAGUGUUAGUGGUUCAGCAAAGUUCUCGCAUGUUCAUUCAGAAUUUACAGAGAAACCAAGUUCAAAUGUGCAUUUAUUCCGUAGUUUGUCAAACAAGGAACAGCUGUACUUGAAGGAAUCAUCGGCUUCUGACUUAGUUAGCUAUACUGAGGAUAUAACUAUGUUAGAAUCUCAUCGAAAAAAUUCCAAAGCAAGUUCAAUGGAUGCGAUGUUAAAUAUUGGAAAUCUUCAACCAUGUACCUCAAAUGUAGUUGUUCACAGGGGGGAGUCGUCAGACCAACCUCCUGAUUCCCAGGGACUAACAAUUACUCAACACUAUGCACCUCCAGUGCCGGCUGAUCGCGGUCACGAGGAACAGGGUCCCGUGGCUCCUCAACAAAACGGUGAUCAGCCAGCAAACCCAGUCAUUAACCAUGAACUGCAGCUGAACAUCCGACGGGAUUCCUCUGAUAGCGGGUCAAGGUCACCUCUAUCGAUGAUAAGUGGCAGUGACCUGUUUGAUGGAGACGAUGAUAGCAUCGGACGAUACGAUUCAGGUUCAGAACAUUCAAUUGCUGGAGCCAGUACCAGUAGUAGUGAUGAAGACUUAAUGUCCGAUGCUGAGAGUGACUUUUCAUCAAGUGAGGAGUCGGUGAUCAUGUUAUCCUAUCCUGAACAUCAGUUGCCCCGGUCUGUCUCUGCGUCCUGCAGCCUUAAUGCCGAUGCUGACGUCAUCUCAAUAUCCAGUCAGAACCAAUCCGAGCAGAUCCCCAUUGUCCAUGACGAAGCCAUGCAGAAGGUUCUGGACGAGGUCCGAGGGUGUCUGAUCCGUCACUGUCACAUGACUCAAUGUAAGGGAGGAGCAAUGGUCAGUCUGCAGGCUCAGGCGGUCAUCUCCCACUGUGACCUCAGUAGUCUUGGUUAUGGGGUCAGGUGUAUUCAGAAUGCAAAGAUUGUACUGAUCAACAGUGAAAUCCAUCACAGUCGGACAUCAGGGGUGUUCAUGAGGUUGGCAGCCUCGGGACUCAUCGCAGGGAACGACAUCCACUCUAACUGUGAGGCAGGCAUAGACAUCAGGAAAAAUGCUGACCCUAUUGUUCAGAGUAACCGGAUCCACCACGGGAAGAGGUCGGGAGUCGUAGUGCUGGGAAGUGGGCGUGGCCACAUCAACAACAAUGAAAUCUUCCAAAACAAGGAAGCCGGAGUGUAUGUUCUGUACCGGGGGAAUCCUGUUGUUAGCAAAAACCAAAUUCACAGUGGAAAAGCAGCCGGGGUAGCUGUUAACGAAGGGGGGCGUGGCUAUUUCAUAGACAAUGUAAUCACGGGUAACCAGUGGGGAGGUGUGGACAUCAGGAAGGGAGGCGAUCCAGUCAUCACGCAAAAUGUCAUCGCAAAUGGGCUCUCUGAUGGCAUCGUCAUCGGAGAAAAUGGGCGCGGAAGUAUAGAGAACAACGUCAUAUCUGGGAAUUCUGGUUGUGGAGUUUGGAUAACUGCUGCUUGCCAGCCGAUGCUCCAUGGCAACCAAAUCAAUGACAACGGUGAUGCUGGGGUGACAUUUGUCAACAAAAUGGACGCAGCUCAUGAGGCUGACACCAUGGGUAUCAACAGGAGUGAGAUGCACACGCAGCAGAGUAUGGAAUUCUGGCAGUUUGCCAAUGAUGAGCAACCGUUUCCACGACGACCAUGCCAGAAGGCCACAAUCGAAUACAACAGUAUAUAUCAUAAUGGAGGUCGUGGUGUCAAGGUGAUGUUCAAUGACGAGGUUGACAUUCAGUGCAAUGCCAUUCAUGGUAACCGUGGUGAUGGCAUUUACAUUGACCAGACUUCGGACGUACUGGUCCAGGACAACAGUAUCACGUGUAACUGUGGUAACGGGGUCAUGACCUCUAGCAGUGGAAAGGUCUCUAUCCAAGGAAACGGAAUAUUUGACAACAGAGAUCAUGGUAUUUUAUGUCAAAAUGAGGCUGAUAUUUCAACCAAUGAUAUUGUUGGAAAUCAAAGAUGUGCUAUUCAACUACAGAAGAAUGAGUCCAUCUCGGUUCAACAUAACCGUCUACAGUCACUUAGUGACAAGACACUGCUUGUUACCAUGGUACUCAAAGGCUGUAUCCAAGAUAAUGAGAUAUUUAAAAGUUCCCACAAGGCCAUUGAGCUUGGCCCCGGCUGUACAUGUGCAGUGAAGGACAACAGCGUGGUGGGCAGGGAGGAGAAGGACAAGAAAAGUCAUGAAGUCACUAACAAUGGAGACACAGACAAAGACUUCUGGAUGUUAAAAGAUCCUGGACCACGACCUCAUAUUGAAGCUCCAUCUCUCAUCAACUCACUUCCUGCCAACCAGGUUACCACGGUAACCAGAGUGACAGUUCCUUCAGCGGGUAACUGUGAGGAAGGGAGCAAACUGUGUGUGAUUCUGUAGCUUCAUGUACGUGUACUUUAGCUGGUGCCUAGCUGUACAUACCUCAAUGUCUUAAUUCAAGUGGAGAUCUAAGACCUCAAUGUCUUAAUUCAAGUGGACAUCUAAGACCUCAAUGUCUUAAUUCAAGUGGACAUUUAAGACCUCAAUGUCUUAAUUCAAGUGGAGAUCUAAAACUUCAAUGUCUUAAUUCAAGUGGAGGUCUAAGACCUCAAUAUCUUAAUUCGAUCUGAGAUCUUAGACCUCAAUGUCUUAAUUCAAGUGGAGAUUUAAGACCUCAAUGUCUUAAUUCAGGUGGAGAUCUAAAACCUCAAUGUCUUAAUCCAAGUGGAGGUCUAAGACCUCAAUAUCUUAAUUCAAGUGGAGGUCUAAGACCUCAAUGUCUUAAUUCAAGUGGAGAUUUAAGACCUCAAUGUCUUAAUUCAGGUGGAGAUCUAAAACCUCAAUGUCUUAAUCCAAGUGGAGGUCUAAGACCUCAAUAUCUUAAUUUGAGUGGAGAUCUAAUACCUCAAUGUCUAAAUUCGAGUGGAGAUCUAACAGGAAAGUUUUGGGAAUGGCAGUGCUAUAUACCAGAAACCCUUUGCCCAGUCAGACUUUUGCCCUUCACUCAUAAAAAAACAACUAUCUCCCAGUGCUAAUUUUCUCCCAAAUAUAUAAAUAUAUAUUUAUUCCUGCCUGUUAAAGAUCGCUGUGUGGCUAAAUCAUCAUGUAACCUCAAAACUGUUUCUGAUGCUAUUUUUCUAUUUGUGAAAUAAUGUCUGAUUGAUGAAAUAUCAGAAACAUACCAGAUUACGUCAGAAAUAUUGCUUUUACAACACUUAGAAGUCGUUAGAUAUAGAAUCAUGAUGAAGAGUUGUUUUAAUGAUUUCCUUGAUAAGAUGAUAACAAAGGUAUGCAGGUAUUAAGAGUUUUAGCUAAAAUCAAAAGAAACCCUUGUUAGCAUAGUAAACUCAGGUUAUCCUUGUAUUGUGAUCAGUUUACUUGUGAUAAAACCCUGAAUCUUAGCUCUGUAUGUUUGGUUCAUACGCUUUCACUCAAAUGACACUCAAAGAUGUUCAGACAUGUCUUUCAUACUGUAAAUAGGUCCAGGACGUGUGAAUUAGUUAAGUGAUGGAAUGUAGUUAACAGGUUCUAUUUCUAUUUAUCUCUGAAUACUGCCUCUUUUGAGUACUCUGUGCAGCGUGCACAUCAGUGCAGAUUGUUAAACAAAUGAGGUUAUAAUAAGUGGUAGAGGUGAGGAGGUAGAGGGUCCACUGUACUACGGCCAAGGGAAAGAAUGGAUAGUGGUAGAGGUGAGGAGGUAGAGGGUCCACUGUACUACGGCCAAGGGAAAGAAUGGAUAGUGGUAGAGGUGAGGAGGUAGAGGGUCCACUGUACUACGGCCAAGGGAAAGAAUGGAUAGUGGUAGAGGUGAGGAGGUAGAGGGUCCACUGUACUACGGCCAAGGGAAAGAAUGGAUAGUGGUAGAGGUGAGGAGGUAGAGGGUCCACU